AUGUUGCUCCCCGGUGGUCGGGUCGGGGCUUUGACAUCGAUUGAGGCGAACGCCCGUUGUCGGUCGAUUCGCAUUGCCGAGCGUGUUCAUGUUCAGUGCCGAGUGGAUGCGUGGUCAGCCUGCCGCCAGGAUGGACUCAAGGCCCAAGAACUGAGGUGGGACGAUGGGCGGCGCUGGGCGUGUAGAGAGAUUGAAUUUCUCUCGAAUUUGUGGGUCACGCUGUGCGCAUUGUGCAAGGGUUGGGGGUGGAUGGGCCUGGGCGCGGCAACAGUGAUGCAAGGUCGCAACCGGGGAGACAGACGGCGGGAACGGAAAUCGCUUAGUCUAAUUCAGGAGGGAGGGUUUAAGAGUCUGGCUUCCUCGCUGGCUGGACCUCCGAGUCAAUCCGCUUCGUUCACAUUGACCAUGGUCACUCGUCACUGGCUUCUCGCAUUCGUCACCUCAGCUCUCCUCGCCACGAGGGCCUUUGGAGCAGCAGCGCGACCACCUCACCAUCACCACGAGCAUGGACAUCAAACGGACGGAUACAGGCUCACGGAGAGACACGUCGGCAACGACUUUUUGAAGAAUUUUGAGUUCGAAGCUAUCUCUGAUCCUACACAUGGCCGAGUGAAUUAUGUGAAUGAGACGAUAGCUCGUCAGGAAGGAUUGGUCUAUGCCACGGGAGAUACGUUCGUCCUCCGCGCCGACUCAACUACGGUGUUGGAUCCGAAAGGACCUGGACGGAAUUCUGUGCGACUCGUUUCCAGGAGGUACUACAAGACCUCGGUUAUGGUGACUUGGCCGGCGGUGUGGACUGUCGGGGACAACUGGCCUAAUCAAGGGGAAAUCGACAUACUCGAAGGGGUGAACGAUCAAAGUCCGAACCAGGUCACUCUUCAUACCAGUGCAGGUUGCGAAAUGCCCCCUGAGAGAAUGCAAACUGGGACGCCGGCGUUCAACAACUGUGACGCUGCCGUAAACUUCAAUGCUGGCUGUGGGGUCAAGAUCCAGGACAGUCGAAGUUAUGGACCUGCGUUCAAUGCUAUGGGAGGCGGAUGGUAUGCCGUCGAGAUCACGCCUAAGUAUAUCAAGUCGUGGUUCUGGCCGAGGGAUUCGAGCACUGUUCCGCCGGAGGUGGUUCGACAGAGGCACGGGGUGGUUCAACCUGCGCGCUGGGGAAUCCCGGACGCGUACUUCCCUGCUACUGAUCUGUGCGACUUGCGCUCCAAGUUCGGUCCUCAGAGGAUCGUGAUUAACCAGCUCAUGUCGACAUUACUUUCAGUGACGUUCUGUGGCGAUUGGGCAGGAUCUGUGUAUGGCGCCUCGGGUUGCCCGUCGACAUGUGUCGACUUUGUGAACAAUAACCCCGAGGGAUUCAUCGAUGCCUACUUUGACUUUGCGUCCUUGAGAGUUUAUGAGUAG